AUGUAUUAUGUUCCAGUGACUGAUAGCUACUAUAGAGUACCAGUAAGUCAUGUGCCUAUCUAUCCAACGGUAACAACAACUCGGUUAUUAGUCGACGAUUCAAAUGCAAAAUUGAACAAUGAUCUCACGCGAGUUCAAAAAGACCUAGCUGAUCUACGCGAAGAACUGGCUGAUUUACGUUUAGAGAAAGAUACCACUUGUCGUUUGUGCUCAUCGAGAAUACAAUCGACUCCAUGCGAUCUUGAUUGCAUUAUCUGUUAUCCACCGACACGUCGUCUUAGUUAUUCUCGUUCACCAUCACCGGUUCAUUAUUGUUCAAUCUGUCAUGAUUAUGUGACUGAUGAAACUUAUGUAUCACCACCGCCACUUCGACCAUCAUCUACACGACCGAAAAAGAAAUUAAGAUACGAAGAAGAUAGAUUAUCGGAAUAUUUAUCUCGACAACUCGAUCUUCAACGUCUUCGUCAACGACCGAUACCAGAAGAACGACCAGUAUGGAUCCCAACUGCAUAUAAACAAGAUUAUCCUCAUCGACGAUGGGCGACACGCCAAUCGUAUUUUUCUGAACCGUGA